UUUGGACAUUUUCUGACCACAUGCUCGAUAUUUGUUGAACCGAUUUGCGCACGCCAAGAGCCGAAGCGGCCUUCAUUCAAUCCCUUAAGAAAGGCCCAAGGCUAGCAUCUCUACCCCCGACGUGUCCGCCCUUCUCCACGUAGUACCGUAUCUUUUUCAAUCGCUACAAUGCCUGGGGGACCUGGAGGAUCAGGGACUGGUGUCAACACUGGUUCAUUAUUCUGGGCGAUUAUCAUGUCCGCUUUCGCAGCUUUUGGUGGUAUUCUUUUCGGAUAUGAUACUGGUACCAUUGGAGGUGUCAUUGCUAUGCCCAACUGGUUGGAAACAUUCGGUGUAUAUGACCCCAGUGUCGCGACCGCGGGUGACCUCGGUUAUUACCUUCCUACAGCACAUAAAAGUCUCGUCGUGUCAAUCCUUUCCGCGGGAACUUUCUUUGGAGCUCUACUUGCGUUUCCUAUGGCGGACAUUGUCGGGCGAAAGUGGGGCAUCGUCGCUUCUUGUGGUGUCUUCUGCCUUGGAGUGGGCUUACAGCUGGACACGCACUGGACCACUUUCGUGGUUGGACGUGUCAUUGCCGGCUUCGGUGUGGGGCUGGUCUCAUGUUUGAUUCCUAUGUAUCAGUCCGAGUGUGCACCGAAAAGCUUGCGUGGAAUGAUUGUCGGGCUUUAUCAACUUGCGAUUACUAUCGGGGCAUUGCUUGCCGCGAUCGUCCUAAAUGCCACAAAAAAUGAACUGAGCUAUACUGCUUGGAGGACUCCCAUCGCAGUACAAUUCGCAUGGGCCGCUAUUCUUAGUGGUGGCAUUGCCCUUCUUCCUGAAAGUCCGCGGUUCCUCAUGCACAAAGGCCGCGAGGAUGAAGCCAGAAGAGCAUUGGCCCGUUUCAUGACCAUGCCCCCCGAAUCUCCUGAAGUUGAACUCGAACUCGAUGAGAUUGCGACCGCUCUUGCAGCCGAUCGCGCAAUCGGGCAAGGGACGUAUAUGGAUUGUUUCAGGAACAAUGAAUCGAAAAACGGUCUCCGAACAUGGACUGGUAUUUGGUUACAAGGGUGGCAACAACUGACUGGAAUCAACUUCAUCUUCUACUACGGCACUACAUUCUUUGAAUCAGCCGGAAUCACCAACGCCUUCAUCAUCACUAUCAUUGCCGACGUCGUAAACACCGUAAUGACCAUCGUCGGUGUUCAACUGAUCGACAGAGUGGGCCGUCGGCGCCUGCUGCUCAUUGGUGCUAUUGGCAUGUGUUUUUGCGAAUUCAUCGUCGCAAUCGUCGGAGUAACAGCAGGACGGACAGACACAGCUGCUGUAAACAUACCCGCGCAGCGUGUCUUAAUCGCUUUCGUUUGCUUUUAUAUUGCAUUUUAUGCUAUCUCAUGGGGUCCAGUUGUAUGGGUUGUCACCGGAGAAAUCUUCCCUCUCAAUAUCCGUGCAAAGGCCAUGUCACUCAGCGUGGCUAGCAACUGGCUUUGGAACUUCGGUAUCGGAUACGCAACACCUUACCUUGUCGACCCUUCCACCACUGGUGUCAACGGCGUUGCAACCGCUAACCUGGGUGUUAAGGUGUUCUUCAUCUGGGGUUCGACUUGUCUCGGGUGCUUCAUCUUCACCUAUUUCUUCAUCCCCGAAGUGAAAGGACUUUCUCUCGAACAGAUUGAUCUUUUGUACCGCGAGUCUUCCGUUCUCAAAUCCGAUAGCUACCGCAGACAGAUGCUGGAAGUGGGCGAGACGUACGUCCAGAAGAAGAAGGGCGAUGGUUACGUCGAGGAGAAAGGACAGGUCUGAGAUAUAUAUUGAACAUGUAGUAUUUUACCCAGGUCGUAAUAAUUAUUUCACUACUUUCAUUGUC